GCAAUAUAUCUAUUUCAUAUGUUAUUGGGCAUUGUUGAAUUAUUUGUCGAGUCAGAAGUCAACAACAUCACCCUCUGGAUACCAUCAGGCAAAAUUGUGCACUUGCCGUGUUGGUGGCCGCGAUCUAUUAACUUUAGCGUGACUGAAUGGCUGGAACCAAUUAAAAAGAAGUCAGAGGCCAAUCACUACCACAGCAUAACUGUGUGGUUCAAUAGCGGAGGAGAAGUAAUCCAUGUUGGUGAAGUUCUCACUAUCUACUUUCCAUUAACUGGAAUCACCGAGGGUAUACUGGGUAAACAAACGAAUUCCGGACCGAAAAUUAGUGAGACACUUGCAGGAAACAAACAAUUAUCCACUGAUGAAGUGGGAACUGUGACGUGUGUAGUUUAUUACUCGUUUUAUUUAUUUGGUGAUAGAACCAAAUGGAAUUUAUUACAACGUCCUAAUGCAAUUUCACGGCAACUACAAUUCGCUUUUCGUGUUUACACUAUGCCAGUUAUAGUAUGGAGUUAUGCACUUAAAGCAACUUCCGACGAUCCAAUAACAGAGAAAAACCUUCAACAAACAUUGGAGAAGAUAAGGCAAUGGUGUACAACAACAAGAGUUAAAGUGGUUGGAUAUAAACUUAGUUAUUGUCAAGAUAUAGUAGUACAGGUGAUGCCAAUGAUCACAGCAACGAAACCAACAGCAUCAAUCCCGAAUGAACUGCCAAAAAGUACGUUCACUGAAGUAUCACUACAUAUUGAUCUAUCGCCUGAUCAGAUUUUCAGAUUAUUUAGUCCUACAGAAAGUUACUUCAACCAAGCUCAUGCUUCUCUGAAGGUGGAAAUGGACGAGCUCAUUAAAACUUCGGUAACACGUGACAGUUUGGUCAUACACGAAAUCGCCACUCGCAUACGAGUUGUUUGUCCACCAGGCAGUCAAACAUAUGAGCCUCCACCUUUUUUAAAGUCAAUCAGUCUAAGUAAUACAUCAGUAGAAGACUCAUCAGAACAUCCACUAAGCAAAUGGUCAGUUAUAUGCCAUCCAUGUCUUCCAGGUCAUGCUCCCCAAACUCCAUACUCAUAUGGCGGUUGUUUCUUCUGUCCUAAAGGUUACUACUCAGGUGAAACACGUUAUCCGUCUAUUGGAGGAUGCCUGCAAUGUCCCAUGGGUUUUACUACGGACAACAUGGGCUCCACGUCUGUUCGAGAAUGCCAAAUAGUUGGAGGAGUUGUAUCUCGCCUGAUCAUUGGAUUCUUCAUCAAUAUGCUGAAAGAAUUUGAGCAGUUUGUGGUUGUCAAUUCUAGAAAAGAGUUAACUACUAGGACGGUAGAACAAAGCGAUGAAACAUACUGGGUUUGGAAGGAACGCAUUAGUGUGUCUGUUUGGAUCUUUCUAAGUCUAUAUAUCGUGAUAACUGUAUGGUUGUCAUCAAUAGCUAUCUAUCGGAUACAUCUUUACACCAAACUACGCAAAAUGUAUAAGGCCCAGUUUAAAUUACUUUUAAAAUCAGCUUUAGUGGGCCAAAGAAAUGUAGUUGAUCGGACCAAACAACAACUGAAAACCAGUGAUUAUGUUACCUAAUCAGAAUAUAAUAAAUUACUCAAUCGUUAUGAAAAUGAAAACAUGACGCUUCAUUCAGUACAUUUAUAAAGAAAAUUUUCAAAUAGUAAUAUUU